AUGAAGAGUUGUGAUUUAUGCAAAAUUGGAGCACGUAGAAAGAUGAGAGACUACUUGGAGGAGAAGUACUUUGAAGCUUUUAAUUUCUACUUUGCAAAGCCUAUCAACGAAAUCAUAGCUUAGAUUCCUCACGCCUCGCAUGUAAUAUAUUUUAAGGAUUAUGUAAUCUUAGAUGAGCGGAUGGAAUAUUUGAAAAGAUUCUACAGCAAUGAAGAGGUUGGGCCACGUAUGGACAUUCUUAUAGACUUCUACACUCAGAAUUACAAGCAUAUGCAUCCGAACUUGUGUGUGACUGAUGCUCAUAAGAUCAUGAAUAAGCGCAACAAUAGAUAUGAUAAAUUGUUUUAUCAGAAGGAUCGCGAAUAGAGUCAUUAACAAGGGAUGAGUAGACAAGUAUUGAAUUCGAAAUCGACGGACAACAUCAGUUUCGAAACUCAGGAACAUGACAUCUACGAGGAAGCCACUUAAGAAAUCAGCAAGUAAGGUUUCGAUUUAAGGGGAUUGCAGAUCAUCAGAAAUCUCUAACAAUUAAAUCAAUCAGAACAAUCUGACAUUACUUUGAAGGAUUGCAUUGUGCAAGUGAAUCAGAUGUAUGGGAAACGCAAGAAACAAUCCACUUAUUCUAAGAGCAUCAAACAGCGCAAGCAAGCAGAAAGUUGUAAGAAAGGUAUAACUAAGUCGAUUAUAGGGACGAAUUCGAAAAGCGAAUCGAAGAUUUCAUCGAAUAUCAAGCAGAAUAACGAGGAACCAUUGGAAUUGGGCAAGGGAAUCGAUUAAUUUAAUGAUUUUGAUGCUAAGCCAAAACUCACUAGAAUGCAGAGUGAUUCAUAAACCAUCUAGAGAAUGUUGAAGGAAUAUCAGAAGAUGAAGCAAUUGAGAAGUGCAGUCUCUUCCGAUUAGUUACCGAUGAGUACUUCGGUCCAAGGAUUUUAAGGUUAAUAAAAAAGUUUAAGAUAAGAUCAUAAUAAUAAUAAUGGGAGUAUGCAUAGUAGUACCUCAACUAAACAAGAAGCACUCAAAAAAGUAUAUUAACCUUUGCCCAAGAAAAUUACAACUAAUUAAAUUGAUAAAAUUGCCAAGGGUGGUUGCUUGACCGAUAGGACUUACAAACGACCUCCUCCGAUUUCAGAGGAUCUGAUGCUGAAGAUUCAUGAUUAAAUCAAGGGGUUGAACACUGUGGAAAGUAAAUAGAAAGUUGAAUUUAAAUAUAUGAUUCCAUCAUAGUAUAAUUCAUAAUAAAAUCAAAAAUUAGUGAGUACCAAAGCUAAAUCAUCCAAUUCCAAAAAAAUAAUCAGUGAGUUGGGCACUAAAUCAUAACACAUCAAUAAAUAAACCACAUAGAAAGCUGAUGAAAUCGUUAAGAAAUACAUCUAAUUUGCUUAAUAAACAAUGAAGAAGAAAUUUGAUUUUAAGUUGAAUCUCUAAGGAUUGAAUGAGGAACCUCAAGAGGAAGAAAUUUCUAGCAAACGAAACAAUUUCUUUACUGAAAGACACAGUCAAGUCUAGGAUAGAGAACAAUUCAAUUCUCAUCGAAAAAUCUUAUAAAAAUGA